AUGCUCGUGUCCGCCGUCAGGUCCCUCUUUUCCCUCUUGAUUUCGGAAUCCCUACGUGUUGGCUUUGUCGCCAGUUACGCCCAACACGCCGAAUACCGUCCGCUCCAGGCCGCUUGUGCAUACAUCAUGGAUGAAAGAGCCGAGACUGCCGUGACUCCAGUUUCGCAGUCAGAAACUCGACGUCGAAAGGGCUCCAAGCACGACAAAACAGGGUGUCUGACCUGCCGUUAUCGACGGAAGAAAUGUGUCGAAAAUACGAUUCCAGUAUGCGGCACCUGUGCUCGGCUGAACCUGAAGUGUGUUCGGCCGUCAGCCCGCGAUGUCGUGCCAACAAGCUGGGUUGACCAGAAACAAGCCACAAAACACGUGCAACAACUACGUACAGCUGACAAUCGGAACGACACAUCGACGACGACGAUAACGGCAAUCUUUCCGUUCAACUUGCCAACGCUGACGGGAGAUCAUGCUGAACCACCUCAGAAACGUCAAGUAAUGCGAUAUUAUAUCACAGUGCUGUGUCACUACUUGACAGCUAGUGAGCAGUUCAACUCGUUUUUGUCGGCUUUUCUCCCCAUGGCCAUGGAGUCAACGGUGCUCUAUGACGCACUGGUAGCGUUGGCCUCGGGACAUUUGUCACUCUUGAAUGAGUCGUACAGGCUCUCCGCGCUGGAAGCUCACUCGACAGCCAUCACUAAUCUUGCAACGGCGCUCGGCGCCCCCCAGAACCAGAUCACAUGGUACGAGACAAAGGCAGCAGCAUGUCUCGCCUUCGUCAUCGGAGAAGUCUGCGUGGGCGAUGAUUCCGGAUGGUCUACUCACCUCAGCGGAGCCAAGCUCUUGAUCAGGUCCGCUGAGGUGGUUACGACCUCCGGUGUCGUGCUGCGUGGCCCAGAGGUCUUCAAGAGAAGUUCCGAGGGGCAGUGGAUCCUCCGGAACUUUGCAUAUCACGACAUAGUCGGCAGCAUCACGUUGAGGAGGCGGCCUCUGCUCGACUGUACCUAUCUGGACGGAAUCACCGACGUGGUCGAUACCUAUCUGGGGGUCGCUACGGACCUGCUGCGCCAUGUCGCCACUCUGAGCAGCCUCGAUGAAGAGACGAGGCUCGGGCCAGACCUCACAGUCGAUGAAAUCGUGGAGAGAAAAUCAACUUUCCACACCACAUGUGUCAAAGUCGAGCAAGAGCUACAGGUCUGGCAGUGCCGAGUCGAUGCUUCUCCAGAGCUAGCUGCCUUGGCGCACGCGUUUAGAAGCGCGGUCUUGAUCGUUCUGUAUCGGCUCAUUCGAAAUCGACUGACUUGCGAGGGGCAUGACGAGGAAGAGACACACGUGGCGACGGGGUGGGAUAUACUGCCGACGAAGAUACGCACGCAUGUUUCGAAUAUCUUGAGGCAUGUCUCUGGCAUCCCGAUAGGGUCUCAUUCCGAGUCGGCAAUACUGUUCCCCCUUUUUCUCGCCGGUGGCGAGGCCACGGAGGACAAACACAUGGACGAAGUCCGCAUCCGCCUGAAGAUGACGCUACAAAAGAGACGAUUUCUGAAUAUUGCGCGGUCGUUGGAAAUUCUAGAGGAGUUGUGGCAAAGGAGAAAAACUCCGGAUGGAGUUCGAUUAGACUGGACUGACAUUUUGGAUGAGACUAGAGAGCACCUUUUGUUGACGUAACGUGGGGGCUUGUAAGAUUCUUUCUACCGUGUGCAGUUCAUGGAGCCAGUUUUAUCUAGUCAAGCGUCAAUGAUAAUCUACAAUACCAUUAGUUACAGUUACGUCUUGCAGUUCAAUACACUUAGAUCAGAG